AUGACUGAGCUUAGAAUCCUCAUCUGUGGCGCUGGCUGCGCUGGGCCAACCCUGGCCUACUGGCUGUCCCGUGCCGGCCACCGCGUGACGGUGGUCGAGCGCUUCGACUCACUUCGAGCUUCGGGCGCCCAAGUCGACAUUCGCGGUCAUGGAAUUGAUGUCGUAGAGAGGAUGGGCCUCCUUGACACUGUUCGCAGCAGACUGGUCGACGAGAAAGGGGUCCGCUUUGUGAAUUCCAAUGGCGACGUGAAGGCUACAAUCUUGGUCGACAAAUCCAGGAAAAGCCAACAAUCUGUGACUUCGGAGAUGGAGAUUAUGCGAGGAGACCUCGUUGAAAUCCUUUACAACGCAACCAAGGAUGACGAGAGAGUCAAUUACAUCUUUGGCAAGACUGUUGAAAGCUUCGAGGACAGCGAGAAUCAAGUGGUCGCCCAUUUCUCUGACAAUUCGCACGAUAAAUUUGACCUUCUUGUUGGAGCAGACGGUCAAGGAUCACGUAUUCGGCAAAAAAUUCAGUUGGUUGAUUCCAAUUGCUACCGUAAAUUUGGGAUAUAUGGAGGGUACUGGUUUGUUCCGCGGACGGAAACUGACACCAAGUUCUUGCACAUAUACAACAUUUCAGGCGGCCGCUUGAUCAUGCGCAGAACGCACAAUCAGACAGAAUCUCAGGUUUACUUCGUUUUUAGAGACGAAUCAGAGUCUGAGGAACUGGCUGGCUUCGCUAGAGCACCGGUCGAGCAGCAGAAGCAGUUCUUGGCAGAGAAAUUCCGCGAUGCAGGGUGGGAGACGAGCCGCUUCCUGAAGGGUCUACAUGGCGCGAGCAAUCUCUACUGUCAAGAGGUGGUACAAGUCGUUACUGACACUUGGUCUAAGGGUCGAGUGGUCCUCCUUGGCGACGCGGCAUACUGUCCAUCUCCUUUCAGCGGCCUUGGAACAACAGGGAGUUUCGUCGGUGCGUACGUUUUGGCUGGUGAAAUUGCUAGGAACCCCGAGAAUCUGCCAUUGGCUCUGCAGAACUACGACAGAAAAUUGCGUCCGUUCGUUAAUGAGAUUCAAAUCCUCAACCGCUUCCGCCUUCGAGCUGCUUUCCUCCACAGCCAAUGGCUCAUCAACUUGCGGCUGGCUGUCAUAGCAUUCUUAUGUUCGCUUGGUGUUCCUAGACUUGUUUCAAAUUUUGUGAGGGACAAAUCCGACUGGGAACUACCUCAAUACCAUGAACUUCACGGCGGCAAUGAGACUGAGGACGACUAA